GUAACUAAGUAAUAUUUUAGGGACUCUUCACUUACUAGGUGUUGAGAAUUAGCACAAAGCAUUUGGAACCAACCUGUUUUCGAUACGGAGAAUGGAACAGUAUGAUUUGCUUAAGCUCUGAUUAACCUUUCAUUUCUUACCACUGGUAAUAAGUCCAGUAUCAUUGCUCAACACAGCUUUCAUUGGUAUAUCAUCUCAAAUUUUUGUUGUCCGAUUAAAGUGAAGUAGAAUGUUGUAAUAACAACAACGAAGUGACGUAAGAUAUAUGGUGAAAACGGCAACAAAAUUUUUGAACUGGAUUGACCGGAUCUCUGUCAAUUUCACGAGCCACGCACGUGACACCUUUCCCAAUGGUGAGCGAGCUUUUUCUAUUUUACUGACAUGUGCUUGUCAGUGACUUCAGAGCCGCCUAUGGAUCACAUGUCACUACCUGCCGACGAUCGAGGCAUUUAGGGCGUCGUCUCCGAAGAAAGAAACUCUUCUUGCGGACCGCUGUUUGACAAAAUACUGUCAGAACGAAAUGGGCGGGACUUUUCUUAAAAAAUGGAUACACACUAGUAAAAAACGUGAUCCUUGUUGCACGCUCUGCUUCAAUCACGGAGUCCGAUCGAAACUCAAAGGUCAUAAGCGUCUUGGCUGUCCGUUUUUGCGCUGCGACUGUAAGCAGUGUGUCAAUGGACGGAAAAAAAGAGUCACUAUGAAAAUGCAAGUUCGUCUUCGGCGAAAACAAAUGAAAGAAAUCGGAAGAAGAAAUUAUCAGUAUAUUCCACCCGCCGCCGAGCCCACUCGAGUGCAUUUCUCUCCAGCGGUCGUUCAAACUGAAUCGCCUUUCACCGAAGAACACAACACCAUCAACGAAAGUGAAAAGACAACGAAAAACGGAAAUGACGGAUUGAUUAAGAGUGUGUCCAACAUUUUGCAUUCUCAGUUCGGGGUUGCCACACAAUAUCCAUCCAACUGCAGUGCUUAUUUCCCUACACCUUGCCAGGCUCAAUGGCCCGUAAGAGAUGUUUACUUGGGUGGCCUUAAAUACAACAACUGGCGCGCACCAGAACAGAUAGCCUCUCUCUCUGUGAACGAACCUCUUACCAACCCUAACUUUACCGUUUCGGACAACAGCACUAUUUUGAGAGGCAGCAAUCUUUACCCGGGAAUGGAAAGCAACUCCUACAGAUUUGAUAUCCGUACGUCUUUGGAAGCCGCGGCCGUUUUAGCGUCAUUUGCAGGAAAUCACGUAGUGCCGAAACUUUAAAGACAUUACAAAGACUUGUUUCGUGCUGUACGUGUCCUAACUUGUUUCCCUUUUGCUGUUUGUGAUUCUUGUUGGCUUCAAAGGAACUGAUAGUUUUCCCUUAAAUUUUGUGGUUUCCAGGAAACGGGAAAUUUCGACCAUAUUGUUUUUAAUACUAUGUGCGCCGUUUCUUAUGUCAAUCCUGUUUGCCAUUUUUAUAGGAAAGCUCAGUCGUAGCGUUGAUUAUUUCUUUCAGACAAGUAUGAUUGUUUACCUUUUCUUGAAUUACCAGCGCUGUUUUAUAACAAACGCUAGUUUACUUUGUAAUUUGCUACUUGUUAAAUGCCUUUCAUUGGAAAAUUUAUUCCUAUUUUAACCGUUUCUACGGAUCUAAUUAUGCGUUAACUGAUUUUACGGAAAUUCUUUAAUGUUGUGAGCUCGGUUACUUUUCUUAUAGUUUGGCGAAAAGCGAUAAAUUUUCGUUUACAACGUUGUUCCCGAAACAAAUGAUAACCGAAUAAAAGAAUUUUCAGAAAGUUUAUAAGCAGACUAGAAAAAGUAUUUGUAACAAUCUUUGUUUGAAGAUUCCAUAGCUAGUCGGUAAUUCAGUCUGUGUUAGCAGAAGCGGUCUCUUUAUGGAGUUCGAUAAGCCGUUUUUAAAGA